GCACUCCCCUUCGCGUCUCUCCCCAAACCCACCCGGCUUUGGAGUUUACAAAGGCGCCAGGAGCGGUCGGAGCUCGGGGGUUGGCUGCAGGAUUUCAUUCCCAGAAAGGGACGGUCUCACCCCACACCUGGAUUUUUACCUCCCGCUUUCUGCCGCUGCUCGGGGAAUACCGGCGAGGGAGGGUCGCGCUGCGAGGGGCGCCCACCCGGACCCUUUGAGGAAUACAGGAGGAAAGCUAAACCCUCGGAGAGCUGGAAGCGCCGCUUCCACGAGGAUGACAGCCUUGCGCAGCUUUGGCUUGACGUUUCUGUUAAUGGUUUUGCAGCAGGGGGUGGCCGGCUCCGGCGUCUUCCAGCUGGAGCUGCACGAGUUCGUCAACAGCCACGGGUCGCUGGCCAGCGGCAAGCCCUGCGCCCCGCACUGCAGGACCUUCUUUCGCGUGUGCCUCAAGCACUUCCAGGCGGUGGUCUCCCCGGGGCCCUGCACUUUCGGCAGCAUCAUCACCCCGGUUCUGGGGACGAACUCCUUCAGCGUCAAGGACACGGAGAAAUUUGACAGCCCCAUCAAGCUGCCCUUUAACUUCACGUGGCCGGGAACCUUCUCGCUCAUCAUCCAGGCCUGGCACGCUCCCGCCAACUACCUGCCGCAAGGCUCCCAGACGCUGUCCGAGGACUGGCUCAUCAGCCAGAUGGCGAUCCAGCGGUCGCUGGCGGUGGGCGAGGACUGGUCGCAGGACGUGCAGAAGGGCCCGCUGACCCAGCUGCGCUACUCCUACCGGGUGGUCUGCAGCGAGAACUACUACGGGGACAGCUGCUCCCGCCUCUGCAAGCGCCGUGACGACCGCUUCGGCCACUACGUCUGCGAGGCGGACGGCAGCCUGGCCUGCCUGCCCGGCUGGACCGGAGAGUACUGCACUGAGCCCAUCUGUCUGUCUGGAUGUACUGAACAGAAUGGAUAUUGCAACAAGCCGGGAGAGUGCAUCUGUCGUCCUGGCUGGCAAGGCCGCUACUGUGAUGAAUGCAUUCCCCACAUAGGCUGCCGCCAUGGGACUUGUAAAACACAGUGGCAGUGCAUUUGUGAUGAAGGAUGGGGUGGCCUCUUCUGUGAUCAAGAUCUGAACUACUGUACUCACCACAGACCGUGCAAAAAUGGAGCAACUUGCAUGAACACUGGCCAGGGCAGCUAUACAUGUUCAUGCAAACCUGGCUUUACCGGUGUUGACUGUGAACAUGAGAUCAGCGAGUGCGACAGCAAUCCCUGUAGGAAUGGUGGUAGUUGCACGGAUCUGGAGAAUGGUUAUCACUGCCUCUGCCCCCCUGGCUACUAUGGAACUCACUGUGAGCACAGCGCAUUGACGUGUAUCGAUUCUCCAUGCUUUAAUGGUGGCACAUGCUUGGAAAAAGAACAAGGGGCCAGCUACACUUGCGUUUGUCCUUUCGGCUUCACAGGGUCAAACUGCGAAAAAAAAGUAGACAGGUGCACAAGCAACCCAUGUGCAAAUGAUGGUAAUUGCUUUUACCUUGGUCAGAUUCGCGUGUGUCGUUGUCGGGCUGGUUUCUCUGGUCAGAAAUGUGAGAUAAACAUCAAUGACUGUGCCAGGAACCCAUGUUCCAAUGGGGGAACUUGUCACGACCUGAUCAACGAUUACACCUGCACAUGUUUGCCAGGCUAUAGUGGCAGGAACUGUGACAUCAAAACCAGAGACGAAUGUGCUUCUGGGCCAUGUGAGAAUGGAGGCACAUGCUACAGUGGACUUUAUAGUGCCAACUUUGUCUGCUACUGUCCUUCUGGCUUCAUGGGCAGCCGCUGUGAAUUACCAGUUUAUUCAGUGCCCAUUACACUUCCUCCUAAACCAGUCCCCUGGAUUGCCAUAUCCAUGGGAGUGGGGCUGGUGGCUUUGCUCAUACUGUUCUGCAUGAUAGCAAUGGUCAUCAGGCAGAUGAGGAUGCACCCAGAGCAGGACUCAGAGACGAUGAACAACCUGUCUGACUUCCAGAAGGACAAUCUCAUUCCAGCUUCCCAGCUCAAAAACACCAACAAAAAUAAAGACCUCGAAGUGGACUGUGGGCUGGAAAAGUCAAACUACAAACCCAAGAAUCAUAAAUUGGACUACAAUCUGGUAAAAGAUCUGACAAGUAGAGGGACACAGGAAGAUAAAUAUUACAAAAGUGAAAAGUGUUUAGGAGACAAAUCUCCACUCCGACUACAUAGUGAAAAGCCGGAAUGUAGGAUAUCAGCGAUAUGCUCUCCAAGGGAUUCAAUGUACCAGUCCGUCUUUGUGAUAACAGAAGAAAGGAAUGAGUGCAUCAUAGCCACAGAGGUAUAAGACUGAAGAUCAGCCCAUUUGCACCUCAGAUUUGGUAAUGCCAGUAGAUGGACGUUCCUGCUGCAUUGUUUACAAUUCAGAACUGGAUUGGACUGUUUUUAAUUACAUGCAACUUGCUGCUCUCAGGCGGAGGAUGGAACUGGGUGAACUGGACAGACUGUGAAUUUACUGAAAGAUGCAAUACACCUUUUUGUUCUUACUGCCCUUGUUUGAAGUUUGAUACCAGAAAUCUCAUUGGCUAUAGAAGAAGGGAGGCAGAGGGAAGAGAGAGGGGUUAAAAUGCUUAUGUUUUGACUUGCUUUUAAAAGAUACUGAGGCCAGUUCCUCAUGGACAGACCUGUGGCUUUCCAGAACUCUGGUUAUGGGAGGUGCUGGUAGAGGAGGAGGCGCUUAACUAUCACAGAUGUUGCCACGGACGGAGUGAAGAAAGACACAUUGCUAUGCAGAUAAUGGAUACAGUAUAAAUGAGGUCUCCAUUUUUUUUUCCGGGUUUAAAAGUGCCUAAAAUGUGUCAAGAGAAUCUAAGAAGCCCAAACAGAGACUUGACUGCUCUUUCUGCAGUUACCUGAACAGUAUUGGGCAGGAGUGAUUGACACUUCUUGCUACACAUCAAUUUGCGUCUCCUCUCUCCUGCUGCAUGUACUGGAGACAGUUUAAGGGGCAAGAGGAGGAAGGAAAGAGGGAUACCGAAUUUACGUGAUCUCAUCUGGUGAUGCUUUGGAGAACUGAUUGACCCAAGCCACAAUAUGGGACGGGAUUUUCAUGGAUUUAAGCAUCCAAGAAGGGAAAGUUGUGAUAAGGAAUGUCUACUGCCUGUUCCCCAUUGAUAAUGAGGAGAGACACAAUCCCAGUUCUAUUUAAAGCCUUACAAGUGCGUUUUAAAUCAAUCAGCUCCUAGAACCUAAACAUGCUGAGCUGUCUCAGCUGUUUUCAUGCCCUUUGCACUACCAGUGAUUGUGAAUAGACAUUACUUUUUUCUUCUCCUUCCUCAUUCUCUCCCCCCACCCCCUUAUUUUGACACAAAAUUGGGGGUUUAUGGUGUGUUUCUGAAUUAGGUGCCACCUACUGCAAAUAGUCUCAAAGUUGCAGCUGUUACUUUCUGAAGGAGAAGCAGCAGUGUCAUCCCUGGAUUUCUCUGUCUGGUUGCAGAUCUCCGAUUCUGUCCCUCACCCUGGUUCCAAAUGCCCAAUAGCAAAGCACCCACUGAGAGGCCCUCUGCCAAGACGGGUGGAGAUUAGAGUUAGAAGGUCCUAGGCUAGUCCUGUUUCUUUCUUACCCCCCACUUCUACAGGGAAAAGAGGAAGCCAGCCCCUGGAAAACAGAGGCCUGCAGAAACUCUUAUCUACGCAUUUACAGCAAUAAUAUUGGGCGCCCCCCUGGAAAUGCCAUGACAGUAAUGAAAUGAGACUGUGAGGUGGGGCGAAAUGAGGAGGGAGGAAACAAAAUCUCUGCAAAGAAACCUGGACCAUGCUAUCUCUCGGACAGUGAUAUUCCUGCCCUUGUAAAUCCUGUUGUUGGACUAGCCCAUCUAAUGCCUUGACCUGUGCAGACAAGACUCUUCAUAAUGUCCACUACUGACCUUCUGCUCUGACUGUGUAGGACCAUUUUGAAGAUGACCUUCAGAAAUCAAUAAUAUGGGUUUUAGUUUGUCUGUUUGUAGUUUAUUUUGAAGACUAGUAUUUCAGUAAUUUAAAAAAAAAUCAGAAGCACUGAACUUUCUACGUUUUAUAACAUUAUUUUGUAUAUAAUGUAUAUUUAUAAUCAAAACAGAAGUGUAAAUAUGUUUAUUACUUCUCAUGUAAUGUUUUUAAUGUGAUGACAAAGUUUGAAUUUUAUUUUUUUUUCAAGCAAUGAAAAUACUUUCCUGCUACUAUGAAGUCUAUUGUGGU